AUGAACGAUCUCGUGACAGUCCAACCUCUGUCGUUGCCCACGCAUGUGACUCGCCAGCACCACAGCCACAGCGUAGAUGGCAUGAGCCCGCGUGCGCACAACACUGUUAGCUCCGCCGCUACGCUUGCUGCAGCCGCCGAGGAGAAUAUCCCCACGCACCACGUGCGUCGCCUGUCGACUGGCCAAAAAACUGACGAGGCCCUCCCCAAGGAGCGCAUCGACAUCAUAAACGAUUUCCUCCAGGAGCACGUCGCUAGCCGACCGCUUGUUGGUGUUGUGUGUGGAUCUGGUCUUGGUGGACUUAGCAAAUGCCUCUCAAAUCAGGAGACCAUCAAGUACGAGGACAUUCCACUAUUUCCUCGCUCGACUGUGGAGGGCCACGCCGGCGAACUGAUCUUUGGUGAUCUGGAGGGCUUCCGUGUCGUAUGCAUGCGCGGCCGUUUCCAUUGCUAUGAGGGUUACGCCAUGCGCGAGACGGCACUGCCCAUUCGCGUCAUGUACCUGUUAGGUAUCAAGUAUUUGGUGGUGACCAACGCUGCGGGUGGUCUAAACCCUGACUUCAACGUGGGCGAUCUCAUGAUCCUGAACGAUCACUUGAACAUGCCGGGGUUGUCGGGCCAACACCCUCUGAUCGGCCCUAAUGACCCUCGCUUCGGCUCAAGAUUCACACCACUGUCGAACUGCUACGACAAGAAACUGCAAGGUAUAGCAUUCAACGUGGCCCAGAAGCUUGGCCUUGCUCAUAAGAUUCGAAAAGGAGUAUACUGCUUCGUGUCUGGGCCGACGUACGAGACGCCGACGGAGUGCCGCUUUCUCCGACUGGUGGGAGGUGAUGCCGUUGGCAUGAGUACGGUUCCCGAGGUGAUCGUUGCGGCACACUGCGGACUCAAAGUAAUCGGUCUAUCGCUUAUCACAAACAAGGCGCUUUUCCCAGGUGAGGAACGAGAGGCAGCCUCGCACGACGAAGUCCUGGAGACCGUCCAGGCCACGCAGAACGACAUUGAGACGUUCGUGCGAGACCUUAUCGCAGCGAUAGGCAAACAACAUCAUUCGUAG